CUCGGUCUCGGCUGUCUUCUGAGAUAGCCGGGUGAAACCUGCGUAUCGACAAGUACUUGUACACGGUACGAGUACUUCAACACCGCGCAUCAACAGACCGCCUCGUCGCGUUUAUCAUACAAGAGGGGCUCAUGAUCCGCUGCAAGGAGGCUCUUCAACACAGGGCCCAGCGGCAGAUACACGUGGCCCCGCUGAUCGUCAGCUUGUUCGACCGCUUUCAGCCACCCGUUCGCAGCUCUCCCGCUACCCGUGCACGAGCGAAAUUGUGCGAGGCUGUAGCUUGUUAUACCCGAUUACUCACCCUUGGAUCACGUCGUUCCACCUGGACGAGGCUUAGUGGUGAGUCGUAUAUGCUCAACCGCUUUUGGGUCUGUCAGGACAAGAAUAGCUCCUCGUGGGCGGCUUCCCCUGCAUGAACUUCUAUCCCAGUGGAUAUGUUUCGGGUAAAUUAUGGCAUUACCUCGGAUGGCCUCUCAAGAUCCUGGCCAGACCCUCUCCCAGCGGGCUGUCUCCUCGGAUUCGAUGACCAAUCCCACUGGAUAUCUGUCUCCCAGGCAAACAAACUUUCGCAAGAAAGAAGAUGGCUAACAUGGUUGAAAUUUUCAGAGGGCUACUCAUUGCCGCCAGUUUGCAGCUACGAGCAUGUCCCUCCCGAAAAUUCUGCCAUGCAACACGCCCGUGUUCUCAUUCUCCCGCUGCUGUACGAGCUAACGAGACGGUAGCAAUUCUCAGAUGUGCGCAGCGAAACAAAAAUAAAAGGGAUGAAUUGGUGAGAGGAGAAAGGAGGCGCACAGCUUAUGACGAAGAGGCGGUUUCAUAUAUCUUCCUGAAGUGGACGCUGGUGUGCGCGUCUGUCAAUGAGAACCAGCUGAACUGGACCCAGCGAGACAGGUGGAUGGGCAGCGAGCAUGAACUGGUUGCACAACGGCCCACCACAAGAGCAUCGUCCAUCCAUGCCAGUGUCAGACCCAGACUGCAAUGCUUGCAGCCUUCACUUCUAUCAGCAAGUCGAUCCUUCCGGAACUAGUCCUUAGAUGUUGUCAUCCUUCUUUUGAUCCUCUAUACAUCAACGCACCCCUUACAACUCCCUAGUUAGGUCAAUGAGCCGCCACGGUGCGUGGGUGUGGUGGUCGCCACCAUUCCCCGGCUCAUCCUCUCUCAGCGCGGCGAAGAUUAGUCUGCAGAUAAGCAUGGGCGCAACGGCGAUCCGCUCAAGGCUCGACUCCAGCCUGGGAUGAUAUCUGACGAGACACGGUCAUUUUCCUGCAGGAACAGCUUUGUCGAAGGAACUGGCUCGCUGGGUGGAAUCAUCCCUGGGAUGAAUCAAUCGGUAAAUUUCCUGGCGGCAAUUGUAAAUGCGAGUUGCCC